AUGCAUGUAAGAUUUUUACUAAAUCUUCAGGUCAAAGAAAAUGAUGAUGACUGUGAAGAGAGAGUGCACUUGCUGCAGGAACUCUUCAAGCCAGGCCAGUAUGUAGUUACCCGAGUGCUACACGUUGAAGAUGUUAACAACAAAUUUAGAGGUGGGAAUCUGACAUUGGCUCCCCAAGAAGUAAAAUUUGCGGUCCAUGUAUCAAACUUGAGGUUGGCUUUUUUAUUGUCUUGUGCUGUGUCAAGUGUAGAAGAUAAUGGGUUUGUUAUGGAUACUGGUAUUUCUGGUGUUAGAGCAGCUUUUUUGAAGGACACAGCAACAGAUGGUGCAGGAAUUGUUGGAGUGGGUAGUAUUGUUCGCUGCAUUGUAACCCACAUUACGAGAAGUGAUGAUACAUACACACGACUGCAGCUCAGUGCUAAUGCAGAAGCUGUCAGGAAGGCCACUCUCAGUAUCACUGAUACAACUAACCUGUCUCUUCUACUGCCAGGCACUGCAAUUAACACUUCUAUAUCAAAGGUUCACAGGAAAGGCCUGAGCCUUAUUAUGGCAGACUGCGAUGGAGUUGUAGAUCGUUUACAUCUGCAGAAGCCACUAGAUCGUUUGAAUCGGUAUGAGCAGGCCCAAAAUGUCCGGGCACGAGUCCUAUACAUUACUCCACUUAGGAAAGUUGUACAUUUCACACUGCAAAAAGAAGUUUUUGCUUCAAGCCCAGAAAGUGAUCCUCUACAUGGGUUUAAUAUUGGAGACACUAUAGAGGAUGCAGAGAUUUAUCAGUCAUCACGCAGUGGCGUUUAUGUGAAGAUUGGAAAAAACUGCCGAGGAUUUUGCUCUGGGAAUCAUUUGAGUGAUAAUGACAAGGCAUCAAAACAUGUGGCUAGAGAUUUCCCAGUAGGGACCAAGCAGAUAUGUCGUGUGAUCCAGUAUGAUUAUAUGGACCAGCUAUUUAUUGUCUCUUUUCAAAAAUCUGUUAUGAAACAACAGGCUAUCGGAUAUAGCGAGAUGCAAGUAGGGAAGAUUGUGAAGGGUAUAAUAAAAGGAUACUUUAAAAAUGGUGCACUGGUUACAGUCAGCAAACUCGUUACUGGCAUUGUCCCAUUCCUUCACCUCACAGAUACACGAAUGAAACAUCCAGAAAAAAAAUUUAAAGUUGGUACAGUGGUGAUGACUCGAGUGCUUAGAGUAAAUCAAGAAAAUCAUUACUUGAUUCUUACCUGCAAGAAGCACUUGAUAGAAUCAAAGGCACCUAUUGUGACAGAGUAUACCAAGGAUAUUGAAAAUACAGUAACAGAAGGUGUCAUUGUGAAAGUUUCUUCUGCUGGCUUGCUCAUUGCAAUGUAUAAUGAUGUGAAGGGAUUUGCUCCCAAGUCGUUGCUAAGUAAUGUACCUGUUGAAAAGGUUGAGGAGUUAUUUUGUGAGGGACAGGUGGUGAGGUGUAGUAUUUUGACAGUAGAUCCAGAAAAUAAAAAAAUGAAAGUAAGUCUUAUUGUUGAUGGUAGUAAUCACUUUGAUAAGAAAAAGGGAACACAGCUGAAGCUAAUGAGUCAGGUAGAGAUGAGAGAGAGAGUACACUGUGUCAUUAAGGAAGUUACUGAGGAUAGCAUCAAAGUUAGCAUUCAGCCAAGAGAAACUGAAGCUGAAAUUCCUAUGUAUCAUUUGUCUGAUGAUAUCAAUAAGAGCAGGUUAAUCAAAGACCUUUUACAUGAGGGAGAUGAGAUUUAUAAUGCUGUGGUGUUCAAAAAAUAUGUUGAUACUGUUAUUCUAACUCUCAAGUAUUCUGUUUAUCAUUGGAUUUAUGCUGAGGGUAAAACAUGCCUAAAUGCUGAAUUUUUAGUCGGUGAAAGUUACCCAGCUGUGGUACAUGAUAUUCGAACCUAUGGAUUAAUGGCAUCAAUUCCAUUGGGUAACCAUGGACAAAACGUUCUUGUACAUGUAACAAAUUUGUUAAACUCUAAUAAUGAAAUGCUUAAGUUUGCUGAUCUUGGAAUAUGUGUUGGGCAGAGCAUAUCAGUUACUCCCAAAGGUAAGGACAGGAAAGACCGCCCAAUUGUAUCUUCUUUAUUAGAAGAUAACCUAAAGAAUGUUACUCAGUCAAGUAUUCAGUUGCUCUAUAGCUACCUCAAGGAUGAAGCCAUAAUCAGAAAUAGGUGGUUAGACUGUUGUGAUACAAAGAGGCUGUUGGCAAGGGUUAGGCCUGGUGACAAAAUGCAAGCAAGAGUGACAGCUGUCACCCCUCUGGGUCUUGCUGUAACACUGAAGAAGGGUAAAAUAACUGGAAUUUUGUCACAAGAUCAUCAAGAUGUUGAAGCCAAAGCUGAAGUUGGUCAAAAGAUAUUUGUUUGUGUUCUCUAUGUAAAUCAAGAGGAAGAGUGCUUGGAGCUGACAGCAAAACCAGACCUUUGUGAAUGUCUCCAUGAGAGGGAAACUAAAGAGAUUAAAACUGAAAUGACUGUUCAGUGUGAGGUUCUGCUUGCCAAGAAGAAGUUCAUUAUGGUUAUGUUGAAGACCCGCUGCAAGGGAAAGAUUGUCUAUAUGCCUUCUUUAAGACAUAUCAAUGAUUUUGAAGGUCAACAUUCACUUUAUACUAUUGGUCAAAAUUAUCACAUGGUGAUUAAAUUUGUUGAUGGCCCCCUUGUUUUAGGAGUUUUGCAAGAGCAUGAAAAGAAGGAAGAUUUGAACAUACUCUCUGAGCUACCAAGUAUUUUAUUUAAGUCAAGUGUUGAUGCUCAGCCUAGGAAAGAUGAACUUAUUGAAACAGAAUCUGACAAUUUACAAGAAAUGGCAUUAAGGAAAAUAGAGAGAGUUGUAACAGAUUCACGGUAUUCCACAAAAAAUGUGAGGAGCAUUACAAAAAAUAUCAAUGACAAAGAGAAAUUGAAAAGCUUGACAAAUGAUAAUGUUCCUCAGUUUGAUGAAGAGACAGUACAGGAAAUUCAGAAAAAGAAGAGGUUGGAGAAGAAAAAGUUGCGAUUGUUGGAGAGAGAGAAGGAUGAAGAGGUUGAGAGAGUAGCUACAGAAGACCCACAGACUGAAGAAACAAACUUUAAUGGAAGUAAUAAUGAGGUGCCAAAAAAUAAAAAACUAAAGAAAGAAAAUAGGGGAGUUAGCAAGAAGAUUCAGAAAAUAAGACUUAACACUGAAGUGGAUGAGGAGGAUUCAAGAACUAAGUUGAAGUCUUCCUUAAAAAAGGAAACAUGCCUAGCACUGGGCACUGGAUUUGUAUGGGAAGUACCAGACAGUGUUAACAAUUUAGGAGAAGACUCUUCUGAAAGUGAAGAUAAAGAAGAAAAUAAAGAAAAGAAAGUGAAGAAGCUAACAAAAUCAGAACGAGAAAUUCUAGCAAAAGAGGAGGAGAAGCGCCUGCAUGAACUGGAAUUAGCCCGGCUAGAAAAGGACCGUUUACCUGAAUCUGCUCUUGACUACGAGGAACUUCUACAGCGCAGUCCUAACUCUUCAGCUAUGUGGAUUCAAUUUAUUAGCUUUCAUCUAGAGAGUGCUGAAGUCGAUAAAGCUAGAGCAGUGGCACGACGUGCUCUUCAAGUGAUAGAUAUUCGUGAAGAAGAAGAGCGACUCAAUAUAUGGACAGUGCUGUUAAGGCUGGAAGUUCUUUAUGGCACCACAGAGUCUGUUGGUGAAACUUAUCGUGAGGCACUAGCUGCAAAUGACCAGCUAAAGGUGCACUUGGCUAUGGCUAUGGUGUAUGCUGAGAGCAAUAAACUGAAGGAGGCUGAAAAAGUGUAUUUCAUAAUGACUAAAAAGUUUAGUCAAAAUUGUGUUGUUUGGAUCAAGGCAGGAAUCUUCUUCUUUAGCAACAAUAUGGCAGAUGAAGCAAGACGUUACAUGGAGAAAGCUCUACUUUCCCUGGAUAAAAAGUAUCAUGUGAAAUUGAUUAAUCGUUUUGGUCAACUCGAGUUCCGUUUUGGGGAGGCUGAACGUGGCAGAACCAUGUUUGAAAGUCUCCUUAGUAAUUACCCUAAGCGUAUUGAUAUUUGGAGUGUGUAUGUUGACAUCUUGACAAAAAAGGAAGAUAUCGAAGGAGCAAGGCAUGUGUUGGAACGCAUGACGGGAUUGAAGUUGCGACUUCGUAAAAUGCGUUCUGUCUUCAAAAAAUUCUUGGACUUCGAAAAGGCACAUGGGAGUCUUCAAAGUGUAGAGGCAGUUAGAAAAAGAGUUGAGGAAUUUGUGGCCUCAUCACUUGAUUAAGAUACAGGAGGGCCCCGCUUUACGGCAUUUCCCUUUACGGCAUUCUGCUAAUACGGUCAUUUCAAAUUAUGACCAAAACUCUCUAUACGGCUCCCCCCACCUGACUUUCUAAUACGGUCACCGCGCCCCACCCGGUUUGUUUACAUUCUCUGUGAGAUCCGUAAGCACGAAGUCUCUCCAUUAUGUCUGGAAACUCCAAAACUUGAAGUGUUUUUAAAAGUUAUUUCAUAUUUUAUAUAUACAGUGGACCCCCUCAUAACGAUUACCUCCGAAUGCGACCAAUUAUGUAAGUGUAUUUAUGUAAGUGCAUUUGCACGUGUAUGUUUGGGGGUCUGAAAUGGACUAAUCUACUUCACAAUAUUUCUUAUGGGAACAAAUUCGGUCAGUACUGGCACCUGAACAUACUUCUGGAGUGAAAAAAUAUCGUUAACCGGGGGUCCACUGUACUCUGAUAAUUAUACUUAUGUAUACCUGUACUUAAAUAAACUUACAUACUGUGCUGGCAUGCAGGUACACAUUAAAAUCAGUAAGUGUUUUAUGUCUCCAGACGUCAUAUUAGUAAUGAUAAUAAUAAUCAUCGAUUUAAAUGUCGUAUAUUACGUUAAUAUACACAUUUUCAUUAAUCCAUCUAUGAUAUUUUUUUCAAAAUUAUAUAAUAAAUACGAUGCAUAACAUAUAAAUAUGAUAAAUACACCCCACAGUAGAAUAAAUAAGCAUAAAUAUGAGAUGUGGUAGCGGACGACUUGCACAAGUGACACCAUAUUAGAAAUAAUAAUAAUAACAAUCACCGAGUCUCAUUAAAUGUCGUAUAUUACACAUUUUCAUUAAUCCAUCCAUGAUAUUUUUUCAAAAUUAUAUAAUAAACAUGAUACAUAACAUAUAAAAAUGAUAAAUACACCCCACAAUAGAAUAAAUAAACAUAAAUAUGAGAUGUGGUAGCCAGAUAACUUGUACAAGUGAUGCCAAGAAUAGCAUUUUCUCUAAUCUAACAUAAGAGAAUGUGUUACUGGGGGUAACUGUAGAAAAUUAUUCCUUUCGUAUAUAUGUAAGUAAGUUUAUUCAGGUAUACACAAAUACAGUUACAUAGAUUAUCAUACAUAGCAGCAUAUGUGUAGAGAACCUAGGAUAACCCAAAAAUGUCAGAGUUACUUAUUUUCAUUGCCUUCACUCAGAGUGUCAUUUCUUCUCAAAAUGAUGUUACAUGAGAAUGGCAGUGUUCUUCUUUAUUUAUUCUACCGUAUCAAUGUAGAGACAACCUGUACACAAUGUAACUUGUACACAAACCAGACGUGUACACUUUGUUUGUUUACAAAACUUACCUUUGCCUGGUUUGUUUACAUAACUCUGCGCCUGUCCUCUCUCAUGCACUCAUUCUUUCUCUCUCUCAUUUAUUCGUUUUAUCUCAUUUACUUACUCCUGACCCUACAUUAAGACUACAAAUAUUUUAAGGUAAGUAAUGAGUGAACUGUAUAUAUAUUUUAUUGCUCUGGGAUGCUUAAAUAUCAUAAAAUAGUAUGUGUGGGUGGGUUGGCCUGGUAUGGUAGCCUGGCUGACUACCAUACCACACUUGAUUUCUUACAAUAAAUACUACUUGUCUCACCCUAGAUUAAGACUAUAAAUAUUUUAAGGUAAGUAAUGAGUGCACUAUGUGUGUAUUGUACUUUUUUAUUGUUUUUUGAUGCCUAGUUCUAUUGCUAACUUAAUAUACGUUAGUGUAAACUUGUUAUAUAGUAUUUGUAUGCAUUUACAAGUGGAAAAAAAGGGUGUUCCACUUUACGGCGGUAGCCUGGAACCUAAUCUGCCGUAUAAGUGGGGCCCUACUGUACUUAAUAUAUAGGAUAUUCUUCUCUAAUGAGUGUAUAUUUAUUGCCCAAGAAAAAAUAAAAGGAAGCCUUUAGUACAUUUGGAAUAUUGCAUGAAGUUGUUAAGCUGUUAUUAUGUAAAUGACAGAGCUUAUUCAACUUUGGACUUUCCACACUUAUAUAACCAGAGAUUUCUUAAAGAAUAUUUUUACUUUUACCCCAACAGCUGUCACCUGCCAGGGCAGGGUGAACCAAUAAAGACAACAUAGUCACCAUUAUUUGUUCACUCAUCUUUCCAGAUGUGUGCUGACAUCAUAAUUCAGAUUACCCUGUGACUGCAUAUCCCCACCCCUUCUUCAGGGUACCAACACCACCUUUCCCACCAGUUAGCCAGACUCAAGUCUGGCUAACUAGUUUCUCUGGAUCCCUUCAUAAAAGUUACCUUUCUCACACCAACAGCAUUUCCAUUUGAAACCAUGCCUUUCCGAACUUUUCUUUCUUUAUUUUUAGAUCCAGCAGCUUGUUUGAGCCUGUUAGAUAGGAGUAAAUGGAGUCAAGUGGGUUUUAAUGGAUGUACUGUUGAAAUGUGAACAAGGCACCUUUUAUGAAGAGAUUCAGGGAAACUGGUUAGUUAACCUUAGAAUUGUGGAGGUGGGAAGGGCAGUGCCUGCACUCUUAAGGAAGGGUGGGGAAAUUAAAGUUGGAGGGUAAUCUGAACUGUAAUGUCAGACCACUUCUGGAAAGGCAACAGGUGGAUGAAUGAUGGUAAAUGUGUUUUCUUCUUUGGGUCACCCUGUCUUAUAUAAAAAAUAAUUGUGAUAUUGUUAUCUAAGUUAAUUUUUAAUAGGCAUUUUUUCCUGUGAAAAUUUUUAUGAUAAUUAUGUAUUGGUGGAAUAAGUAAUGAACUUCAAAGUUUAAAUAAAGAACAUUUGUUUGCCAUGACAGAUGUAUAAUAUACUGAUAGCAUUGUAUAUUUUUCUAGCUAUGUUGCUAAGCAUGUGUUCCUUGUGGCUGAUACCACUUUGGUGCUGAAUUUUUAUAGCUGGACUACUUAAAAAGUAUUGUGUGCAAAUUUUGUAUUGUUAAAUUUGGAAGGAGGGGGAAAAUUUGUGUAUUGCAACCAUGGACAGGCAGAAAUUAAAUAUGAUUAGAAUUUAUAUAAAUGCCCUUCAAACAGAGUUUUACAACUUUAAUCUCGUUAAGGAAUCUUGAGUUUAAAACUCGUCAUUCAGCAACAAGAUUGUAAACACAUUAAAAAUAAAAAAAGAUACUUUUCUGGUGUAUCUUCCCAAGACCAAGUACUGUUAAUACAGUACAACUGCAAUUAUAAAUAACGUAUUUUAAUGUAAACUAACACAGAUAGACCACUUAAAACUUAGUGAAUUGCAUCCCUGUUUAUGGUGACACUUUAUUUUUUAAACUGUGAUCACAUUAAACAAUAUUUAGAAAAAUUCUGAAACCUCAUUGAGAAAGGUUAUUUAAUUUAUUAUUGAUGUGUUUCAUUUUUAUGUACAUAUAAUUUUUUUUGAAGUCUUAUUCUGCUGCCCAUGAAAAGAUUU